AUGCCCGAUUCUUGGAGCACUCUCGUCCCUGUUCCUCCUUACUUCCCUUUUCUCUCUCCCCCGCAGUCGUACACCUAUGCUAUCCCAAACCCAAACAGGUCAAGGCUACGACUGACAGAACGCCGGAAUCUACCUCAUGAAACUCAGGAUUUAAGUGACGAGGAAGAAGAAGUUGAAGAUGAGCUGCUCCGCAUCAGAGAGCGUGCUCAGGAUUUUUAUAUACCCAUUGGGAAGACGGCAACCGCCCAUGAGGAACGAGCAGAUGCAAAUCUUGACUCAGCAAGUUCUUCGGAAGCAAGCACGUCACAAGGGAAUAAUUCCGAUAAUGAGGGCGAAUUAGGCGAAGAGGAAGAGGAAGAGGAAGAUGGUGACGAUGAAGAUGACGACGACGACGAAGAUGACGAUGAAGAUGAAGAUGAAAAUGAAGACAUGGAUCAGGGGAUGCAAGAUUUGGAUGAUGAUGAUGGCGACAAUGAGCUCGGAGAAUCAUACGAGGAGACCGGGGAGUAUGGUUCCAGCUUCAUUGUGGAUGCUCGCGAACUCCCCUCACCCUCAUGAAAUUAUACUAGGCUAUAUUCCCCGGUAAUUUAAUUGCCAAGUAAAAAAGCCCACAAUGCAUCUGGUUGCUUAAAAUCAUGGUGCAGCAUGCUGACCAACCAACGAUCUUCUUGGAUGCCCUUCAGGGUAGCCCUGGACGGAGAGUUCGGGGGAUAGAACUGUGCCCAUUGGGACCACACGGAGAAUGCCUCAUCCU